UUUCUUCGAGUCAAUGGUACAGGGCGUUCUCUGUGUCUUCAUGAUACACGCUAAGUACCAUGGCUGCUCGUGUACUCUCUCGCCUCCGCCCGCUCCAUCCAGCUUACGUUCGAUUUUCAUUAUAUGUGUGCAGCAUGCGAUUGCGACUGACCACGUGUACCUCGCAAUGCUUCCGCGAACACAUCCUGGUUAUAGCGAAAAUGAAUCGAGGUGUUUCAUAGUGUACGGUCCGAUACCGGCAACUUGUCGGCUCCGAGUUUGA